GGCUCACUCACUUUCAAAGUAGUUCAGGGAAAAAUGAAAAUGCUCGGUCUUGAUUUUGCGAUAUCCAUGACGUUUUUACUACUCGUUCUUCUUCCUUCUCUUUCUCUGGAAACAAACACACAGGUUGAGAUUCAAGCACUGAAAGCCUUCAAGAACUCCAUCACCAAUGACCCAUUGGGAGCUGUUCAUGAUUGGGAUGAAGUGAGUCAUUCUCACUGCAACUGGUCCGGGAUUACAUGUGACCAGGUGUCGAAACAGGUCGUGUCCAUUUCUUUGGUGGAUAAGCAGCUCACAGGAGGCAUAUCACCAUUACUAGGGAACCUCUCAGCCCUCCAGGUUCUUGAUCUAACUCUGAAUAAUUUCACAGGGAAAAUUCCGUCGGAUCUCGGAAGAUGCUCGCAGCUCCUGGAAUUGACUCUUUAUGAGAACUCUCUAUCCGGUCCGAUUCCGCGAGAAUUAGGGAAUCUCAGGAGUUUGCAGUCAAUUGAUUUCGGCGACAAUUUCCUGAGUGGAAGUAUCCCCGAAAGUAUCUGCAACUGCACAUCGCUUUUGGCCCUUGGUCUCAAUGGCAACAAUCUCACCGGCACGAUUCCUGCCAAUAUAGGAAGAUUGACCAAUCUUCAGCAAUUUCCAGCCUUCGGAAACAACUUGGUUGGUCCUAUACCUAGCUCUGUCGGUUUACUGGAAUCUCUCCAAGUAUUAGACUUGAGUCAAAACCAAUUGUCAGGAGUCAUUCCUAGAGAAAUCGGCAACUUGUCCAAUUUAGAAUAUCUCCAGUUAUUUGAGAAUGCCCUCGUUGGAGAAAUCCCGAAAGAACUCAGCCAUUGUACCAACCUUGUCGCUCUUGAAUUAUACACCAACUCCUUCACAGGCUCCAUUCCUCCGGAGCUUGGAAAUUUGAUUCAAAUGAAAAGCUUGCAUUUGUAUAGGAAUAGGUUCAAUUCCACCAUUCCACCAUCUCUAUUCCAACUUAAGUCGCUGUCCAGAUUAGGACUCUCGGAGAAUGAUUUGACUGGUAGUAUACCUCCUGAGAUAGGUUCAUUGAGAUCUUUACAGGUUCUGACCCUUCAUUCCAACAGGUUCACUGGAGCAAUUCCUUCGUCCUUAACAAACUUGACAAAUCUGACAUAUUUGACUAUGAACUCCAAUCUUCUCACAGGUCAGAUUCCGAAAAAUAUUGGUUCGCUUUACAACUUGAAGAACUUGACCCUUUAUGACAACCUUCUUGAGGGAUCAAUACCAGCUAGCAUUACCAACUGCACCAGUAUUUUAGUCUUAAGUCUCAGCAUGAACUAUCUGAGUGGAGAAAUUCCCCUAGGCUUAGGGAAUUUGUCAAAUCUGACAUUUUUAGCUAUUUUUGCCAAUAAUAUAUCUGGUCAGAUCCCUGAUGAUCUCUUCAACUGUUCGAGACUUGCUUAUCUUGAUUUCACCGACAACAAGUUAAGCGGAUUCGUAAAACCCAGCAUUGGCAACCUGAUUAAUCUCCGCAUUCUGAAAAUCAUUAACAAUUCUUUUGUGGGUGAAAUUCCAUCAGAGAUGGGCAAUUUGACCCAGUUACUCACUCUGUCAAUGGCUGAAAACAACUUUUCUGGGCCGAUUCCUCCAGAAAUCUCGAGACUCUCUCUCCUCCAAGGCCUCUCUCUCCAUGACAAUUCCCUGAAUGGCACGAUACCUGAUGGAAUGUUUGAAUUGAAACAGUUGACGAACUUGCAGUUGCAGAGGAACAGGUUGAUGGGUCCAAUUCCAACUUUAAUCUCAAGACUCCAGUCACUUUCUCUGUUAAGCCUCAGUGGAAACAUGCUCAGCGGCUCGAUUCCAAGAGAGAUGGAGAUGCUGAUGCGGCUUAUGACCUUAGAUCUAUCUGACAACAAUCUUACUGGCUCAAUUCCCAGAUCUGUGAUUGGAAGCAUGAAAAGAAUGCAGAUAUAUCUGAAUCUUUCACGCAACUCAUUGACGGGAAUUGUGCCAGAUGAGCUUGGUGAAAUGGAAAUGAUACAGGCUAUUGAUAUCUCGAACAAUAAACUAUCAGGAACCAUUCCUAGAACACUCGGUGGCUGCAAAAACUUGCUUUCUCUUGACUUGUCAGGAAAUAGACUUUCUGGCCCACUUCCGGUUGAAGCUUUUACAGGAAUGGAGUCCCUAACAAGCCUGAAUCUUUCAAAAAAUGAGAUAAAUGGGUCACUCCCCAGUGAUUUGGCAAAGAUGAAGCAUUUGAGUCUGCUAGAUCUUUCUUAUAACCAUUUGAUGGGCAUGAUCCCUGAAAGCUUCGGCAAUUUUUCUAGCUUGAAGCACCUCAACCUUUCCUUCAAUCAUCUUGAAGGUCGCGUGCCAGAGAAGGGCAUAUUUGUUAACAUUGAUGCAUCGAGUUUAACAGGUAAUGAAGCUCUCUGUGGAACUGAAUUUCUCGGCUCUUGUGACAAGAAAUUGUCAAAGAGAACCAUACGAAUUUUAUUGGCUGUGGGGUCUGUCACUGUACUUUGUGCACUAGUUUUGAUACUUUCGAUCAUCAAGUACAAAUCGGGCAGAAAAAAGUCACAAGCGCUUGAGAAUUCAGAACCACAUUAUGCACCUGCAAUGAACCUCAAGAGGUUUGAGAAGAAAGACCUCGAAAUUGCGACUGAAUUUUUCGGCAAGGACAAUAUCAUCGGUGCAAGCAGUUUGAGCACUGUGUACAAGGGCCUCUUGGAAGAAGGGAAGGUUGUCGCUGUGAAGAAAUUGAAUUUACAUCAAUUUUCCGCAGAAUCCGACAAAUGCUUCAAUAGAGAAGUGAAGAUCCUUAGCCAACUGAGGCACCGAAAUCUGGUUAAGGUGAUCGGCUAUGCUUGGGAAAGCGGGAAAUUGAAAGCUUUGGUCCUCGAAUACAUGGAGAAUGGGAACUUGGACAGCAUAAUACAUGACGCUCAGAUGGAUGGGUCGCGGUGGACGCUGUCUAAAAGAAUUGACAUCUUUAUUUCCAUUGCAAGCGGGUUGAGUUACUUGCACUCUGGAUAUGAUUUCCCCAUAAUCCACUGCGACCUGAAGCCUGCUAACAUCCUUUUGGAUGGAGAUUGGGAGGCUCAUGUGAGCGACUUUGGAACCGCUCGGAUGCUAGGGAUUCAUCUCCAGAAUGGGACUGGCAUGACAGCUUCAUCAGAUUUCCAAGGCACGAUCGGCUACAUGGCACCAGAAUUUGCCUACAUGCGAAAAGUCACAACAAAGGUGGAUAUUUUUAGCUUUGGAACAAUAAUGCUGGAGCUGCUAACAAGAAGGAGACCGACUGCGCUCACUCAGGAGAACGAAUCCCCAAUCAGUUUGCAUCAACUGGCAGAGACGGUUCUUGCAAACGGAACCAAUGGGAUUUUCCAAAUCUCGGACCCUCUGCUAGCUUCAAAUGUUUCCAAGGAGCAGCAGGAAACCAUAGAAAAGCUCUUCCAACUGGCUCAUCAGUGCACUUCUCCAGAUCCGGCAAACCGACCAGACAUAGAUGAGGUCCUGACAGCCCUUUUAAAAUUAAAGGGCUAGGCAAGCUAAAACUUGAAAACUUUUAAUGCUAUGAGAUCUGGAAAGCAUUGUAAACAGCAUGCUAGUUGACUCCUGCUGGUUCUUGUACUAGCUGAACCAAUUAUAAAGCAGGAUUAUGUUCACUUGCUCUUUUUGUCCCCUUUCUUCGUAAAUUUUAGCGGGUUUGGCAUGACGAAAUAAAAGAUCUCAACCCAGUCUUGAAUA